UCACAAAAGAGGUGGUUCGGCAACAACAACAACAAAGCUGCGGCUCUACGAGCCCUGUUGGAGCACAGACUGCAGCAACACUGACCAACGCAGCGUCUCUGUCACAAUUAGAGGGUCACGUCACGUGACUCUGUGAAAACGGCCGAAAAAGAUCGCCCUUUUCACGACAGCGUGACACGCAAACGGUGCGACAGGCACUUCUUACGGACGGCGAUAGUGAGAGGGUCUGAGGGUUGCUGUUGGGGCAGGGUGAGGGCGGAGGAGGCGGCGCUGCCAUUCCCUGCGUGUGGCUGGUUUCCUGUAUCCUCGCUACCCCCGGCUCCCGCUUCCUUUCUCUUGGCUUCCAGGACUUUAUGCGAGGAGGGUCCACCCUGCGCUUGUCUGCUCUCGGCUGGGGCAGAAACGGGGGGGAGACGGGUGAUUUUACCCUCCCCCUCAGCGAGUUUGGAUCUUUUCUCCCCUUUCCGCACCCCCAGGUGCUCGGACAGGAGCAGCCGGAAAGCGAAAUGGCGUCCAACACGGACAGAGAGAUCAUUCUGACCGACUAUUCGGACAGCAGAAGCAGUAUAGUCGCUGAACCCAUGGGUAUUUUCCCAAAAAUCGACUUUUCAGACCCAUUGGCUCAGCCACAUUUGGAUGAGAUGAAGGACCAGAUAAAGCGUGAAAUUAGAAAAGAACUUAAAAUCAAAGAAGGUGCUGAAAAUCUUCGAAAAGUCACUACGGAUAAAAAAAAUUUGGCUUAUGUUGACAAUAUAUUAAAAAAGUCAAACAAAAAACUAGAAGAGCUUCACAACAAUCUUCAAGAACUGAAUGCACAUAUUGUAAUGCGAGAGGCAGAGAAUCUUCCAGAUUGUCCCAAAACGCCAGAUACUCCUAAAAGUGACUCUGGCUCUUCUACUUUUAAUGGAAGGCUGAUAGCAUUGCAGAAGCAGAUAGACAUUGAGUUAAAAGUGAAGCAAGGAGCUGAAAACAUGAUUCAGACUUACUCUAAUGGCCCAUCAAAAGAUCGAAAACUUCUUGGCACUGCUCAGCAAAUGCUCCAGGAUAGCAAGACAAAAAUAGAAGUAAUACGCAUGCAAAUUCUACAAGCCAAUCAGCAGACUAAUGAGAUGUCCUUUGAUAAUGCAAAACCUGUGAUAAGUCCCCUUGAGCUGAGAAUGGAGGAACUACGGCACCAUUUUAAGAUAGAAUUUGCUGUAGCUGAAGGAGCAAAGAAUGUUAUGAAGCUUUUAGGUUCUGGAAAAGUUACAGACAGAAAGGCUCUUUCUGAAGCUCAAGCAAGAUUUAACGAGUCAAGUCAGAAGCUGGACCUCUUAAAAUAUUCCCUGGAACAGAGACUCAGUGAACUUCCAAAAAACCAUCCCAAGAGCAGUGUUAUCAUUGAGGAGCUUUCCUUAGUUGCAUCUCCAACAUUAAGUCCACGCCUAAGCAUGAUUUCUACACAGAAUCAGUACAGUACACUAUCCAAGCCAGCAGCUUUAACAGGUACCUUGGAAGUUCGACUUAUGGGUUGUCAAGAUAUUCUGGAAAAUGUACCAGGCAGAUCCAAGGCUGCCUCUGCUACCUUACCAGGAUGGAGCCCAAGUGAAGCAAGGUCCUCCUUCAUGAGCCGAACUAGUAAAAAUAAAAGUGGAAGCAGUCGGAAUCUUCUGAAGACGGAUGAAUUUUCUAAUGAGGUCUGUGCUGUGUUAAAGCUGGACAAUACCGUGGUUGGUCAAACCAGCUGGAAACCAAUAUCCAAUCAGUCGUGGGAUCAGAAGUUUACACUGGAAUUGGAUAGGUCAAGAGAGUUGGAGAUCUCCGUUUUCUGGCGAGACUGGAGGUCAUUAUGUGCAGUUAAGUUUCUGAGGCUAGAAGACUUCUUGGACAACCAGCGACAUGGCAUGUGCCUUUAUUUAGAACCUCAGGGCACACUUUUUGCUGAGGUAACUUUCUUUAACCCGGUUAUUGAAAGAAGGCCAAAACUUCAGAGGCAAAAGAAAAUCUUUUCAAAGCAACAAGGCAAAACAUUUCUUCGUGCUCCUCAGAUGAACAUAAAUAUUGCCACAUGGGGCAGGCUGGUGAGAAGGGCAAUUCCUACAGUGAAUCAUUCUGGAACGUACAGCCCUCAAGUUGCUGUUCCCACCUCUGUACCUACGGUGGAUCCACGGAACCUAGAGCUUUCACCAAUCAGUGAGUCUACUGUAGCAAAGUUGGACUUUGACAUAGAACCAGAAGCUCCUCCUGCUCCACCUCGGUCAUCUUCUCUGGGUGACCUCUAUCAGCCUUCAGCAGACCACAAAGCACCUAAUGUCCCAGUACCGGAUUCAGGAACAACAUAUGAAAACUCAAAUAACCGGAAUAGUAUCAUUGCAAAGCCAACAGCAGAAGUAAAUAUUGAACCAGAGAUUCCAGUAUCAGAUAUGAACUAUAGCACAAUCAGCGAAUCAGAGAACAGACGGAUUCAACAGCGUUUUCAGUUCAAUCUUCAGGAUUUCCAUUGUUGUGCUGUGCUUGGGAGGGGACAUUUUGGAAAGGUGUUGUUGGCAGAGUACAAAAGCACAAACGAGAUGUUUGCAAUCAAAGCAUUAAAAAAAGGAGACAUUGUUGCACGUGAUGAAGUUGACAGCCUUAUGUGCGAGAAGCGCAUUUUUGAAACUGUGAAUAGCGUACGGCACCCUUUCUUGGUAAACCUAUUUGCCUGUUUCCAAACCAAAGAUCACGUGUGCUUUGUUAUGGAAUAUGCAGCUGGCGGUGACUUGAUGAUGCACAUUCAUACUGACGUGUUUUCAGAACCCAGGGCAGUAUUUUAUGCAGCUUGUGUCGUCCUUGGCUUGCAGUAUUUGCACGAGCACAAGAUUGUUUAUAGAGAUCUGAAGUUGGAUAAUUUGUUGUUGGACACUGAAGGAUUUGUAAAGAUUGCUGACUUUGGCCUCUGCAAAGAAGGAAUGGGUUUUGGGGACCGGACAAGCACUUUCUGUGGGACUCCUGAGUUCCUGGCUCCAGAGGUGCUUACAGAGACCUCGUACACCAGAGCAGUGGAUUGGUGGGGUUUGGGAGUUCUCAUUUAUGAGAUGCUUGUUGGUGAGUCCCCCUUUCCAGGAGACGAUGAAGAGGAGGUGUUUGACAGUAUAGUUAAUGAUGAAGUGAGAUAUCCGCGAUUUCUGUCUACAGAAGCGAUCUCCAUAAUGAGAAGACUUUUAAGAAGAAAUCCAGAGCGUCGUCUUGGUGCAAGUGAAAAAGAUGCUGAAGAUGUAAAGAAGCACCCUUUCUUCAGACACACAGACUGGGACGCUUUGCUAGCGAAGAAAGCCACGCCCCCAUUUGUACCCACCAUAAAAGGGCGGGAAGACGUGAGUAAUUUUGAUGAUGAAUUUACCUCAGAAGCCCCAAUUUUAACACCUCCCCGGGAGCCCAGGAUACUGACAGAAGGAGAGCAAGAAACCUUUAGAGAUUUUGACUACAUUGCGGAUUGGUGUUGAGGACACUGUGAAACUGGAGCAAAAUGGCAAAUACUGUCCCCAGCCAUCUUCAGUUCCUAAUUUUAUUUUUGAAAUGACAUGAAGAUUCUUUUAAAUUACUAUUUUAUAUGAACUCUGCUGAAGAGUGGCCACUUUCAACUUAUGCCCAUUUUUUUUUUUUUAAUUUUCUUUUAUUGUUUUAACGAGCACUGGAAGCAGUUUCAAGUGUGGUCCAGCUAACCCUACGGAUACAGGCACUGAGCUACAUAACUGUACUGUACCCUCUCUUGUUCAUAUUGGCAAGAAUCAUCCACGGCAGGAGAUCUUCUGAAUCAAGAGUUGAGGAGAACCAAUCAAAUUAGGGAAGGUCAACCCUUUACACUGACCAACCUUUUAUAAUGUUCAAAUGCUAAAUCUAUGUUCAGAGAGUUCUUUUAACCAUAACACUAGUAGUCACUUUAUAAAAAUGCAUCACUUGUUGGACUACAGCUCUUAUUGCCCAGGCAUUCUGGGAAUUGUAGUCCAAGAAAAGUUGUGGCGGCAGCCUACUAACCUCUAUCUGUUAGAUUUCUUAUAACAAGGUGUUAUUUUAGUGUGGUUUGUUUGAUUUAAGGGAAUGAUUUAUCCAAAACAAAAGCCAUAGUAUAGGCGUCCCUCCUGGUUACCAUAAAUGGCAAGUUGGUUGUCACUGUUAGAGACCCAACACUUUGCCAGGCCUUUAACACUUGCUAGCCCACCGUCGCCCUACCAUUUUGCAGACAUUUUUGUGAUCAAAACACAAGGCAAAAACUAUGUUUAACACAAGCCGUAUUCAUGGACAGCAUGUUAAAAAAAAAGAAAAAAGGGGGUACAGUGUGUCUCUCCAAGGAAUGGCUUAAUUUAAUCAUC